UCUUUUGUUCCGUGCGUGUGAUCCGAGGGCCAGUUUCUGCGCGGGUUGUACCGACUCUCUUCACAAAGUGCGGUUAGGGCUAUUGUUAGUAAGCCUAUUGCGUACAAGUGAAACUGCUUUGUUCUCGCUUCCUACGGAAUGUCGCGACCACCCGACAGGCGUGCUUGCGAGAAGGCAAGCAGGGAGACAAGGAAAGUUAUUAAUGUUUUUGCGAAAGAAGGAGUUCAGGGGGGUUGUGAAAGUAGCCGGCAUGACUCGGAGCAAAUAGCAUUUGUUCAACCUCUCGAAGCACCACGUGACAGCGGUGGGAACAGCUUAGAAAACUUAAAUCGCUCAAUCGCGGGAUUUGAAGAGCAUUGUUACGAAGACCUCACGUCCGUAGACGCAGAUGACAGGGAACAGUGGGCAGAAGUCAAUCUUGAGUCUGGUAGUAGUGAAAGUGAUAGUGAAGAGCGCACAAGCGUACAUGACGGACUGCAGGAUUCCUUGCGUGAAUGGGCAAACGAAUAUGGUAUCAAAAGAAGGGCGUUAACAGCUUUGCUGAAGACGCUAAGGACACAGGGGGGACUUCAUCAGUUACCGGAGGAUGGUCGUACACUUAUGCAGACCCCUCGAAAAAACCUGGAUGAAUUUCCCAUUUGUGCUUUGGCGCCAGGAAAGUAUUGUCAUUUCGGACUUGCUGUGGGUCUUCAGCGUUCAUUGUCUCAUGUAGAAAAGCUGCCAGCUGUAAUUCCACUCUCAUUUAAUGUAGAUGGCCUCCCCCUGUCAAAGAGCUCCAAAAUGCAACUGUGGCCCAUACAGUGCUUACCCCGUGGUUGCGGCAAUGUGCCCCCAUUUGUUGUGGGUGCGUUUGCUGGACAGUCUAAGCCAUCCUCGUCUAAUGAUUUCCUGAGGCCUUUUGUUCGAGAGCUGCAAACUUUGCUUGUGCAAGGUGUGAAUAUCAAUGGCGACACUGUUCAGGUGACAGUUGCCUCGGUCAUCUGUGAUGCUCCAGCGCGAGCUUUCGUUACUAUGACAAAAGGCCAUGGAGGGUACAGUGGUUGCGCAAAGUGUACAGUCGAGGGAUCUUACAUCAAUGGAAAAGUAGUAUUUUGCGACAUGGACUGUCCGUUACGAACGGAUGAGAGUUUCAGGGAGCAGCAUGAUGUUGAACAUCACAAGGGAGAAUCUUGCCUGUUGGACCUGCCCAUUGACAUUGUAAAUGACCUCCCACUUGAUUACAUGCAUCUUGCAUUACUGGGUGUCAUGCGGAAAUUGCUCCAGUUGUGGAUUUCUGGACCACUGCGGGUUCGUUUGGGACCUCUGGAUAGGCACACAUUCAAUGAGAAGAGCAAGCUGCUAAAUCCUCACAUCCCUAGUGAAUUUCCCCGUAGGCCACGCGGACUCGAUGAGCUCGACCGCUGGAAGGCGGUUGAGUUCCGACUUUUUGUAUUCUACACAGGCCCGUUGCUUCUCAAGUUCUGCCUUCGAGAUGAUCUAUACCAGCACUUUUUGCUGCUCCAUGCGUCGUUAUCUAUACUUGCAAACAAGGAGCUGUGUCGUGAGCAUGCUGGUUAUGCCGAUGAGCUCUUGAGAUGCUUUGUUUCACAUUUCCGCGAAUUGUAUGGUGACGAGCAUGUUUCUUUCAACGUGCACAGCCUCAUACAUCUUGCUUCUGAUGUUAAAAUACAUGGAGAGCUAGACUCCUUCAGUGCCUUCCCAUUUGAGAACAACAUGCAGGUGCUCAAGAGGCAGUUGCGCAAGCAUGGAAAACCCUUGGAGCAGCUGCGCAACAGGAUGGUAGAGAGCCAGUCUUGGACACGCAGACAGACAUGGGAUGAAAUUCCUGUACAUUUUAGCCGUCCUCACAGUCGAGGAGAACUGCUGCCGGAAUGCUGCCCUCCUGAAUAUGAAAGGCUGUCAUGGGAUGCAUAUACAAUUGCAUUGUCUAAAAGAGACAACUGCUUUGCACAGGAUGGCCAUGUUGUUCUGGCAAAAAACAUAGCCUAUAUCAGAGGGUCUAAGCAGCCAUGCAUAAUUGGCCAAGAGUUUCUCAUCAAGGAAGAUUUCUAUUCUUUACCCUUUGAGUCUUCCAGAAUGGGCAUUUAUGUUGUAUCAGGGCUAUCGGGCCUGAAGCCUUGGUCCCUGCACAACCUCCAAAAAAUGGUGAAGCUGCCACUGAAUGGAAAGUUUCUGGUUAUUCCAGAGCUUCACACAAUUUAAAGGCCUAGAUUUAGCUAGCAUUCGCAGAAACUUCAAAUAAUAUCUGCAUAUUUAUAGAGGUUGGUGUAGUGCAGUUUAAUAAUCCUGAAGUUUUUGCAGCCCUUAGUGGCUUACCUUACGUAACGUUUAGUUAUUUGUGAAACAUGCAGUGAAAAGGAGGGUAACAGUGAGCAAUGAAAGAAAUAAGCCUCAAAUAAUCCUGCAAUUAACCCGUGCACACUCACUGUAGGGCAGUUCAUCGCACAGUCCUAUUCUGCUCAACCAUAUUUCCACAGAUGGCUUAUGUGAUCGCUGAGUUCGUUGAGGACAAACAGGUGGAGGUGGUGCCAGUGACCUGGGUGGAGGGUGACAAGUGUGCGUGGCCCGACAACCUCAAAGGCAACAGAGUGACAUCCUUAGUAAAGAAAUCUGUACCACCAGACACCUUCUGGAAGUGCUACAGCGUAGCAGUGAAAGGGGUAUUUGCAACAUAUGAACAAGCAAGGGCCAAACUUAAUGACAGCCAGUAUACAUCAGACCUGGGCACAGGAUCGGAAAUGUCUCAAGGAAGAAGGACAAGGAGGCCACCAGCUCAGUGGUCUGACUCGGAUGAGCCUGACACACCACCGCCACCCAAGAAGGCCAAGCAAAGCUCCAGCAAGCAAAUUCCAGCUCCACCAAGCAACUUCCCACUAGGCCUCUCUUCUGCUUCUGCAGUGCAGCAAGACAGCUGUGAAGAGUCUGAAGGUUCACUGCAAUCACUCUCUGCAGAUGUGAAUGACAUGCCGCAAGGUGGUGCAGGUGGCCCUAGUUCACACAGUGCAGAUGGCUCCAGAUCAUACACUGCAGGUGGCUCUAGCUCACACAGUGACCAACGGACUUGUGUACCCUCAGGUUCCCCUGACGAACUUUCAAACAAUAGCUUCAAGAAGCAUGUGCUCCGACUGCUCAACAUCGUACGUUUUACGCAACAACACCAUGGGGAUUUGCUUGAGAAGUUGUGCAACAUGUAUGCAAAGCAGCCUCUUGGUGGAACUGAUCCACUCAUCGAGUGCCCCUUCCGCAGCUUGGAAGAUUUUAUGGCUUUUGAUGAAAGCCUGGACAAAGAGAAGACUGCGAGUUUGGUUCACGAGUUCACAGACCUUGGAGGGAGGAAUGCCAGUGCAGCGACAAAGCGUAUUCUUGCGUACACCCUUCAUGAUGACCUGGCCACACUUUUUUCGUGGGUUGGCCGAAAGGGGAAACUUAGUUUCUCUAGUCUGAAGACUACAGCUGCAAUUAUUGUUGCUGCAAGACGGAUGACAGAAGGCAGCACUAACGAUAUUGAAGACACCAUCAAAUCGUGGCUAAGGCAUGCUCCAGAAAGGGCCGGUAGCCAUAAGAAGCCAAGCGCUGAGGUCUGCCUGCCUCAAGAAUAAGUGGAGGCCAUUCCAUUGUAAAGCACUGCAGCUAUGACCUGAAGACUGCACAGGCAUCAGAGGCUGCUUGGUUGUGGGCGUGUGCAUCUGGUGGAACUUAGGGGAUCUGCUGGGCUACGCCAAGGCAUGUUUCGUGGACUAGAGGCAGCUACUCAGGGAUUUUUUUUUUUAACUUUGCACAGUGCAAUUGCAGAAUUUUUUUUCAUGCAUUGGAAGGAUUCUGCCUGUCAUCUGCAUUGUCAAAUCACUUGCAAAGUCAUGCUCUUGCUAGGCUCCAUCAAUAUAGUUUUGUGCAGAAUUUGUGUGCGAGAACUUUUUAUUGUUUUUGUUUUUUAAUGUCAUGGCAGUCUUCUGUAUUGGUGAAAUUGCUACCAUUGCAAAGCCAUGGUUUUCUGAAAUGCUGUUAUUCUGCUACUGUACAAAACUUGUGUGCGAAAUACUUACAUUAGACGCAAGAUCUUUUUUACCUCAAUAUUUCAGAGUAUUUCUGUUUGUUCUGUAUGUGCAUCUACAUGUCCACCCAUUGUUAGCAUAAACACACCAGUGCAUGGUUCGUGCACAAUACAGUGCACAAGCGGCAAAAACCACAUGCAUGUGUGAAAUGCUAAGGCAGUGUAUUCCGUGGGAUCGUUGCCCAGAUUUCUCUGCACAGAAGCGGUUGGCUUGCCAGGAAUAAAUUUGACUGUUUUGCAGUCUUGCUCAUCUGCCUGAGACCUAGCUCGCAAGGAGGAUCCUGAAUCCUUUGCUUGUAUCUGUAGGCCACCGUCGUAAGUGGCACAUUCACUGUUGCAUAAAUCCCACGCUUACUGUAGCCCUACUGUGAAGUGUCCACAAUCUGUCCUCUUUGCAUGGCUGUGAGAAUCCCAGCCAUUUCCUGUUUCUGAGCGCAAGGAAUGAAAAGACUGCGACGCAUGCCUUAGUGGCAAUUCAGAGGAACCCUCAAAAGACCAAAUAAAUAUGUUAGCUUUUUUAUCCUGCAAUUGCAGCUUGGACUGACCCCGACAUAUACGGGCAUCACUGAAGCAUGCUGUGCAUAAGUAUAGCAAACAAGCUGCUCCUGUUGCAUUAUGCUAGUGUCGUGUUCUGCCGUGCUCUAUCUGUGAAAUGAACACAUACUGGCCUAUUGUGUGAUAACGUCACUGUGGUGUACUAUUGUGGAAACACAUGCUGGUGUGUUCAUGCUACCAGUGGGCUAAACCUUGGACCUUACUGGAAAUAGUAAAGGCCAGCCACUCAUUGCAAAAAAUGCUGGACAGGCCUUUCCCUCUUGCCUUUUUGUGUGCUUGAUGGUCUGAGAAUCGCCUCCAUUGCAAAGACAUGCUUUUGUAAGGUGCUAUUAUUUUUCCUUUGUCCAAAGCACUUUUUGUCACUGGAUCUUGAGGGUUUUUCUAACCUCUGCCUUUAUUAUGCAUGUUGCUGCCUCUGCAAAGCUACCCCUUCGUGAGACCAAUAUUGUGCCUGUGUAAAAUAACUUGUGAGAGCUUUUUACUUUAUAUAUUUUUUAUGUCAUGGAAGAUUCCUUUUAUAUUGCUGCUGCUGUAAAGCCAUACUUGUGGGACUAUUGUUGCGCAUAUGUAUAGACUUUUGUGCAAGAUACUUUUAGCAAGACCAACUUUUUUUUAAUGUUUUGGUCAUUUGUGUCCUACACUAUGAGCAUCUUGCUUAUAAAAGCAAGGAUGCACUUUAUUGAAGUGCUCUUAGUGUGUUUUAGUACAGAACUUUUGUGCAAGAUACUUUUAUGAUAUAUUUUGUAUUAUGGGAGGAUUCUAGUCACUUUCGUGCAUAUGUAAGUUGCUUCCAGUGAAGUGUCAUUGUUCUUUGUACAAAAGAACUUUUCUGUGAAGUCUGAUGGGUACGUCUACAGUUUUACAAGGUAGAAGUGCUACCACAGUCUAUAUGCAAGUUUAACAUCUAGUCAUUGAGCCAAUGAAACAGCCAGUUUGUUUUUGCAUCAUGUGCAUUGCUGUUGUUGCAAAGAUGCCAUUAUGUGCGUUCUUGCAAGAAAAUGUGUGCAUAGUCAUUGUGCCAGAUAUUUCUUGUUCUCUUGUACUGUUUGUUUAGUUAUGUUUGCGAUAUCACAGUUCAGGUGCCAAUGCAGUCAGUUUAUUCUAGUCUUUUUCCUUUAUAAAGUGUAUGUACAUCACUGCAUUAAGUUGACAAUUCGAAUUUUUCUGUGUUAAGGUCACUUCGAGAAGCAUCUUUAGUUCUCUUCUGUGCCCCUGUACUGAUCUUGUCAAUGUCAACAUAUACUCCUGCUGGCAUCUUUUGUGAUUUUCAAUUUCUUGUGGGUCCUUAUGGGCAUUUCUUUAAUGUGUUCAGGCACAGGUUAUGUUUUGCUGUGCCAAGCACACAGGCAUGUUCUUACAGUAUGCUUUUUAAAUAAAGAUCCAAUGUUUCUGCA